AUGGCAGCAGCAUCAGAGGAGAUAUGUGCGUUUUUACAGCUCGUCAGUGGUGCAAAUAGGGAGAAUAAUGGAGAAACUGUUGAGAACAAGGAAGAUGCAACCGAUAAUGUAAUGGAGAAAAGUGAAACUCGUUGGAAUUCUAUUUGGAAAAUGCAAAUUCCACCGCGUGUUCGCGCCUUUUUAUGGCGUUCAGCACAACAUUGCUUGCCUACUCGAGCAAACCUCCUUUCACGUGGAAUUGCUUGUGAUGACUCGUUAUCCACACAACAACAAGCUCUUGUUGCAAUGACCCUUUGGAGCAUGUGGAAAAGUCGUAAUGCCAAACUAUGGGAGUCUACGGAUACCUCUCCCUCAUAUAUAGUCACUCGCGCAAAGGACGCACUAAAUGAAUGGAGUUGUAUGCAACGAGCAAAGGCACCAAUCCACAACAAAAAUUCAGAGCACGCUUGGAUCAAACCACCGGUUGGCAUGAUCAAAUGUAAUGUAGAUGCAGCUGCUUUCGACAAUAACUCUGUUAUGGGGUAUGGUAUGUGUUUCCGUGACUCUAUGGGUGUAUUAUUACUUGGCAAAUCAGACUUCUACUACUCAUCAUCCACUGUUUUAGAGGCUGAGUCUUUAGGCCUUCUAGAUGCUAUCAAAGUGGCUAUCUCACAUGGAAUGCGUGACAUCAUGUUUGAGACCGAUUCAAAAAUCUUAUCUGAUGCUAUUGCCGCCGCCACUAUUCCCAUCAACGAGUUCGGUGAUCUUGUAACUCAUUGUAGAAGGUUACUUCUUAGUAGACCCGACUUUGUAGUGUCGUAUGUUAGGAGGCAAGCAAAUAGAGUUGCUCAUAAUAUUGCUAGAGCAUCACUAUCUCACCCUAGCCCCCAUAUCUUUCAUCAUGUAACACCUACUUUGUAUCCGUUAAUUUUUAAUGAAAUGAACUAA